GCCGUGACGUCACCGCCUUCCCGAUUCAUUGUCGACAUGGCGCAGGCGGAGGUGGGAGAGCAAAGCUUGUGAAAUUACAUUUUACAGCCAGGACGACGGAGAAAGUUCCAGUCUCACAGGAUCAUUUCGGUUUUUAUGGUUCAGACUCGAGUCCGGCUGUGGGGUUAACUGAACAGACUGAAAAUGAUGUCUGACGCCAGUGAUAUGUUGGCAGCUGCUUUGGAGCAAAUGGAUGGCAUCAUAGCAGGCUCCAAAUCACUUGAUUAUUCCAAUGGGAUCUUUGACUGCCAGUCUCCAACUUCACCGUUCAUGGGAAGCCUGCGAGCGCUGCACCUUAUCGAGGAUCUGAGGGGGGUUUUGGAGCUCAUGGACACCGAGGAGAGAGAGGGACUGCGCUGCCAGAUACCCGAUUCGACAGCACACAGUCUGGUGGAGUGGCUACAGGGACACCUAUCAAAUGGGCACAUUUCAGUGACUGGUGAUAUUUACCAAGACAGACUUAAUCGGCUUGAAAGUGACAAGGAAUCCCUUGUGCUUCAGGUGAGUGUCUUAACAGACCAAGUGGAAGUUCAAGGAGAAAAGAUAAGAGACCUAGACUUGUGCCUUGAGGAACACCGUGAAAAACUGAAUUCCACUGAAGAAAUGCUACAGCAGGAGCUUAUCUGCAGGUCAGCGCUUGAGACCCAGAAGCUGGAGCUGAUUGCUGAGAUUUCCAAUUUAAAACGAAAGCUGACUGACAUGGAGAAGGAGAGAAUAGAGUUUGAUGAAAGAUUCAGGGAUAGUGAGGGUUUGAUCCUAGAGAUUAAUGAGCUGAGGUAUCGCAUUUCUGAGAUGGAGAAUGAACGGUUGCAGUAUGAAAAGAAACUGAAGUCUACCAAGGAGGAGCUGGCUAUAUUAAGAAGGCAGCUGGAUGGUAAAGAUGGAGAACUAAAGAGGCUACAUGAUGAGACAGGGUCCAGAUCACCAACACCUGCAGGAUUAGAAACCACUGAGAGAGAGGAUACUUUUAAACAGAGGCUCAAAGAGAAACAUUUGGAAGUGCAAAGAAUGAAGAAAGCAGUCGAGUCACUUAUGGCAGCCAAUGAAGAAAAGGAUCGCAAGAUUGAGGAGCUUCGACAGUCACUUACACGUUAUAAGAAGGUGCAAGACAUGGUCAUGUCGGUGCAAGGGAGAAAAGAUAAAUUGAAAGAAGAAGAAAGCGAUGAGAGCCACAGUGACAGCUCUCUCUCCGUUUCAAUGGCAACGUCGGUUUCCGUGGAUGCCGAGAAGUCUGUCGUGUCAUGUGCCGAGGAAGUGAAGAGUCAAGAUGAGCCGACAAUGUUUGUCAGUGCGCUGCAGGUGCCUUCACUCACAUCCACAUCACAACCCAACCUAGAGACUGAUGUAGACCUGGAACCAGUGCAGUCACAGAGUGAUACAGUGCAUCAGGAGCCAAGUCAGUCACAGGAACCUGCCAUAAAUACCAGUCUGGAAAGUGUGGAGGUCCUCAAAUCUAGCAGCCUGACCAAACUGGAUGGCAGCACAAGUGAGAAGAGGCCUUUAGCUGUUGUAAAGAGUCCAGCAGAGAGUCGUGCUUUUGAGGAGUUCAACAAGAUUACAGCCUUACCACCAAAGUCCACUAGCAGCUCCCGUGCUGUUGAAGAUGACACUUUUGGUACAAAGAAGGCGAGAUCCUCCUUUGGACGAGGUUUCUUUAAGCUCAGAGGAGGCAAAAGAACAGCCAGUGCUCCAAAUCUUGCUGAGACGGAGCAUGAUGGUAUGGAUCACUUAGAUCUUGCAGGGAUGCCACAGAAGUCAAGCAAUAGUGAUAGCACACACACACUCUCCAGCUGCCUAGAGGGCAAGAAGAAGUCGAAGGGAAUCAAAGCAUUCAUAGGAAAGCUUACAAGAAGUCAGUCAACCACAUUCACCUUGGACGACAACCUAUCAGAGAACGAGUUCAAGCGAGGCGGCGUCCGAGCCACAGCCGGUCCUAGGCUGGGGUGGUCACGUGACCUGCACAACACUAACAGUGAGGUGGAUGCUCCAUUUGCGCGCUGGUCCCGGGAGCAGGUGUGUGACUGGAUGCAAGAGCAGGGACUGGGCCUGUACGUAAACCUGGCCAGACAGUGGAUUUCCUCAGGACAGACUCUCCUGCAGGCCUCUCCUCAGAACUUAGAAAAGGAGCUGGGCAUCAAGCAUCCUCUCCACAGGAAGAAACUGCAACUGGCCCUACAAGCACUGGGCUCUGAAGAGGAUGAUAACAAGGGCAAACUAGACUACCAAUGGGUGACCAGGUGGCUUGAUGAUAUUGGACUGCCUCAAUACAAAACCCAGUUUGAUGAGGCAAGAGUGGAUGGGCGAAUGCUUCACUACAUGACCGUGGAUGACCUCCUGUCUCUGAAAGUGGGCAGUGUGCUGCAUCACCUCAGCAUUAAGCGAGCAAUCCAAGUGCUGCGCCUCAACAAUUACGAGCCCAACUGUCUCCGACGCAGACCCUCAGACGAGAACAACAUCACUCCAGCUGAAAUCUCUCAAUGGACCAAUCACCGUGUGAUGGAGUGGCUGCGUUCUGUGGAUCUGGCAGAAUAUGCCCCUAACCUAAGGGGCAGUGGAGUUCAUGGAGGACUGAUGGUUCUCGAGCCUCGUUUUAAUGUGGAGACAAUGGCACUGCUUCUGAACAUUCCUCCCAACAAGACCUUGCUCCGAAGGCACCUGGCUACUCAUUUUAACCUGCUGGUGGGCUCCGAGGCCCAGCAGACAAAGCAGGAGUGUAUGGAGAAUCCUGACUACACUUUACUCACUGCAACCGCUAAAGUCAAGCCACGAAAACUGGCAUUCGGGAGCUUUGGGACUUUGAAGAAGAAGCGGCAGGAGGAUAAUGAGGAGUAUGUGUGUCCCAUGGAUGUGGAGAUGCCAAAAGGACACAGUUUCCAGAAGGGAUUGAGAGGCAUGGAGCUUCAUAUUUAUGAGGAUGACCUGGACCGACUAGAGCAGAUGGAGGAUUCCGAGGGAACUGUACGACAAAUUGGGGCAUUCUCAGAGGGCAUCAACAACUUGACGAGUAUGCUGAAAGAUGAUGAGUUCUUUAAGGAGAUUGUAACAUCAUCCCCCAACCCCAGCGUGACUGAUGAUGACUCCAAUGUUUGAGGAUGUUUUCUGGGCCCAACUGCCCAGAGUGGUGCUGCUGUGAUCAGAACUGACUAUGCCAACCUCUCUGCCCAUCUCUCUCUCUCUCUCUCUCUCUCUCUCACUCACAAACUGUCAGUGCUAGCUGUACCUUAUGAGUGUCUUCACCUUAUAUAAAUUCUGAUAAAAGAACCACAAUAGUGUUUGAGACAGUGCGGAGUAGGUGUCAUUCUUUAAGCUAAAAUGUGUCGAGGUUGUGAAUAUGGCUCCCUGCAGCAGAUGUGUGUUGAAUAGUCAGUCUCAUCUUUCCUUUACAUUGUAUGAUUACAACGUAGUUGUGCUUCAGUGACAUUUUUAAGGAGAGUUUUUAAGGGAGAAGAUAGCAGCCCUACUGUACUUUUCCUCCCAGCUGGGGACUGGACAUUUUAUGCACGUUGUUGGUUUGUUUGUUUUUUUCCUCCCUUUUUCUACUGGCCUUCCACUCCCAUCUGUUGUGUCCAUUAUGGCAAACAGAGCACAAUGACACUUUUCGCCUCUGAAUAAUAGAAUUUAUUUUAGGAAAUUAGAUUAAAAUACAGUGCAGGUUUUUUUUUGUUUGUUUGUUUGUUUUUUAAAGUCCUGUUAAACACUCCUCGUAAGAAUUGCCAAAUUCCUCAAGGACCACACGAUGUCUGCCUUAUUCACAUUUUUCUUAAAAACGUUUUACAGUAUUCCAUGGAUUUAUACAAGGUCCAUUUGACCCUGAAUGCUGCGUAAGCUCAUAUGCUCAUUGAUGUCCCUGUUUGCAUGCAAUUUUUAACACUAUGAAAACUCAGUACAUGUUUUGUGAAGGAAUGGUAGCCUAUCCAGGUUGUAUUCCUAACUUGUGCCCAGUGUUCCUGGGAAAUACACCAUUAUCCACCAUGACCCUUACCAGGAUAAAGACAUUACUCAAGAUGAAAUCUAAUAAAACCUCAGUACAAUGUAUUGGAUGCCCUAUUUGUACAGUUGCAUGUUAUUUAAGCUUUUCUCAUUUUUAAAUAUUGUGCAGCAGUUAACAUAUCAUAAUUGUUCUUAUUACUUUUUUUUUGACAGCCAUACUUGUGUGUUGUUUUUAUUAUUUUCAUUUGUAAAAGGUCAGUAAAUUAAAGUAUAGCACAGUCUCAUUUA